GUGCCUAACUUUCGAUGAAGCAGCGAGUUCCAGCACCAACGAUGUUACGUAAAAUCGUUGCCGUACUGUUAUUUGCCUUAAAAGUUUCAUUUUUUGCCUUCCUGUUAAUGCACCUACAUGACUUAAGAAGAAGAUAUUGCUACCGUUGCAUGGAACAAGAAAUCUGUUCAAAACCUGCUCUAAACGAUGCUUCAGAACGUUUUCUCGCAUUACAUGGUGGUGAUGAAAAGGAUGGACAUGCAGAAAGGUAUCCGAGUCAUGAUGAUGAAGAAGAUAAUGAUCCUAAUUCCACUCCGAAAGUUCAUAAUCCUACGUCUACUCCGAAAUUUACCCCAGUAUUAUAUGAACCUUGGAUGUUAUCUCUAAGUGAACCUACUAUUUCUCC